AGCACCUAAACUAGCUUGUUACCUAUAUUUGAGUAACACGCUUCAGUACCACGUAUCAGCGAAAGGGAGUACCGAAAGAGGAUUAUUCCUAUGGACAGAGCAACGCCCAAUGAAUAUCAUAUCGUGAGUCAACCUCAAGACAUUACAAGUCGUCUCUAUUCAGGAGCAUGAAUCAGCAUCGAACUAGACUUCAUGAUUCAAUACUCUCAGCUACUCUACGAAGCAUAGGCUCCGGGCCAUACGAUGUCCACUAUUCCAAUCUUGAUGAAGAAUUAGACCCCAUGAAUCUACUAUCUUACCUCUAGACGCCACGUGUAGCUUCAAAGCAGUACUUCAAGUCACACCCAAGUCAACGGCCCUCGUCACUUUAUCAUAUAGAAGAUGGUUUAGGCGGGUUAGGCGAGUUAGACCGAAUACAAAGUCCAACAAUAGAUCAAGAUGUCUCAAAAAGCAUUUAACGCUAUCUUCCAUCUUUCUUGCGAACCUAAUUUUCUCUCCUCCUCCUUAUAGAUAACUACGCCUUCCAUCAAACACAUGUCCUCUUUUUCCACCACUAACACCGUUAUAUUUCAGCACAUACCAACUUGUGACCUACUAUAUCCAUUUCUACAACUACCAAGCCAACUUACUAUCAGAAACCCCUUCACAAAUCAAUCUCAAGCAGGCCCAAUGCCGAUCGAUAUAAUUAUACCACCACCCGUUAGCCGCAUCAUCUACGAGGUGCCACCGCCACACAUCUACGGCCCUCUUCAUCCAACCCGUGAUGCUCCCGGCCCACCGAACCGCCCGCUUCCAAAGCCGCCGGUACGUCCUAAAUGCGCAGUGGGCGGUCCGGCCCUCUUAUACCCGACGACUAUCCUCCGGUCUGUUACCAUCCUGCGCCCUAUGUCACCUAUGGAGCCCGGCGUUUUUGCCGAGCAGGUUCCGCCGGCGCCGAAUGCGAUAUUGCUACGACGAAUCGCAUAAGAGGGUUAAGCUAAGAAAAGGGGGGUAAUAU